GUCCUCACCCUAUAAUGUAAAGGACUGUAAAAUGUUUGGAGGCAGCGACAUGAAGUAUGGUUCUGACCCUCGUCUUAUAUAAUUUAGGAUAUAGAAGAUGCCAUAGAGACACGUGAUCAUAAUGAAAUAUUCUAUUGAGUCUUUGAACCCUGUAAAAGACGCUCAGAAUAAAAGGCAAUUUAAUUCAUUGAAUCGCUUGGACUUUGUACUCGGUAUGUUCUUGUAUACAGGUGAUCACCCGUCGGUUGUUGAUACAGCAUUAUAAACUCGACUUUUAUCGUACCCUCUCUCUCUUCAGCUUGCAACUCAGCUCUGUUUUACCAUCAAACGUGAAGCUUUCAAUAAUGUCAUACGUCAUGAUUUUUAACUGAUGCUAGAAAUGCACAACAUACGUUUAACAUAUACCAGUAAUUAAAUGUAGAUAGACUUCGAGGAGAUAUAUCUUUCAUUCUACACUACUAUACAAACUUGCUUCUUAUAUGUGAUCAUCAACGAGGAUCAGUAUGGGAAACGCUUUGACAUAUAUCAGAGACUGGUGGAGCCCAGGUAAAGUUCCUCUAAAAUCUCCUGAGGGAGAAGGUUUGCUAGAAGACGCCGCAUUCCGGCAGACACUCCUCAUCAGGAUCUUCAGCUUUCAGGAGAAAAUGGGCUAUUGCGGCAUCCAAUCCGCCGCCCUCCUCAUGAGCGCGAGAUGCUUCGGGAUAAAGUUUCCAAAUCCAGCCAACCAUUCCACCUGUGACGUCACAGAAGUUCCCUACAGAGAUACGAACAUGUUUUCAUUCAAACAGACGACAAAUAUCGUAAACUGCGAAGAAGUUCUAAAAAGAGGCGCCACGCUUUACGAAAUCCAGUGCUUGUUGCAGGCGCAUGGCGUUCCAACGACUAAGUUCUAUGCCAAGGAUAUCGAUGUCGAUACAUUCCGAUCAAGGGCAAUCCAGGCACUGUCGCACAGCGAUUCUUUGCAAGGAGUGAUGGUCAACUACUUAUACCCUCAGAUUUUCACGACCGAUUCGGGACCUUUUCAGGUUGGACAUUUCAGCCCGCUGGCCGCUUACCACCGAGACACUGACCGCUUUCUUUUGUUGGAUGUGUGGUAUGAAGGACAGAGCGAGUGGAUUAAAACCAGCGAGUUAUUUAACCUUAUGAACACCGUCGAUCCAGACGGUAAGGUCACACGAGGGUUUUUGAUAUCUGGUUUGGAUGAAAAUGAGAAUGAAAAUUAGGCAUAUCCUGAGGAAAGACAUUUUACUCAUCCAAAAAAUAUCUAUAGUCUUACCCAUACUCAACUGUAUACUUGGCAAGGGGUCAUGGUUAUUAAAAGAGAAAAGGAGACACAGAACAGACGAAAGCGAACAUGAGGGCUAAAUAAAGAAUGAAGUGGAGGGAAAAUGAUAACACUUGUAAGGAAAAUAUUUCAGAACUCCUUUUGGGGGCAUUAUUAUCACACCAAGAUGUUUACAGUAUCACAUUCUGCAUAUUUAUAGGUGUUUCCGCAGACUAUAUUCGAAUAUUUCUUUUGCCCAUUUGGACUAUGUCAAAUGAUAUAACUUAUAUAUUUACACAAAUUUUCGUUAUGUGCAAAUACUGAAACCAGCGUCAAAAUGGUCAAAUGACAUUGACUUGUUUUUGUGACAAAUUUGGGAUAGAUGAUCUGCAGAGGAAGGUGUAGGCCUAAGUGAUGAUGAUAAUUCAUCAGAGCUGAGUUAGAGGUUGUAUUUUCUGUAAUAAUGUAUGAAUUUUUUUAAAAGGAAUUAAUGCAUAUUUUGCGGAGAAUGCAUUUCUCAAUUAGUAUUUAGCAAUUUCAAUCAGAGCAAAUGAGAAAGCGCACGAGCCAUGCAGAACUGUCGCCGCAUUUUUUUUCUUAGAUAUCAGAAACCGAUAUGAAUGCUGCUUAAUCAGGGCUUUUAUUAAGUUCAUAAUGAUACAAUUUUUCAUGGCAAUUUUACCAGAUUCACCAUUCCAUCCGUAUUUCAGCUAUUAGUUAGUUUGCUUGAAAUUCAUGGCAUUGUAUAGCGAACUUUAUUCAGCAAUGAUUUUGUUUAUAUGGUCUUUGUUAUGACGUAUUUUGUGUAAUCGUAUUGUUAUAAAGUGUGAUAUCCUCAUUCCAUGUAUAAUAGCCAAAUGUCGAGUUUACAAAUUUUUUUUAUUAAAACAAUGCAGACGGGGUGUGUAAUACUUUCGUUGAUAUCAUAUUCAUUCCAUGGGCCGCUGUAUACUAUGCGUUUCCCUGUUCAGUUAUUUUUUAUUGAAAGAAAUUCUUUUGCUUUGUAUAUUUUGUUAUUCAUAUUUUGAAAUUAAAUACAAAAUCAUAUAUCAAUCUGUCAAUAGUAUCAAUGUAAUUCAUGUUUCACUUCAUGGAUAUGUUACUCAAAUGUUAUCUUUCAAACUAGAUCAAAGAGACACUAGUUUCUGUAACAAAAACGAAUAAUCUUAGUCAAAUGGUUAGAAAAAUGUA